UACAUUUAUAUUUUGGAAACGUAAAUAUAUGCUAGAGAGCAACUUAGAAAAUGCAAUGUUCAUUAUUAACAUAUGUGAUAAAUCCUUGGGUUGUCUUAUCAAGCAACAGUGUGAUUCAGAACCAUCUGAAAUAAUAACAGCUAAAGAGUUAUUACUAGAAAUUCUACAAACAUUUGAGGAACCGCCCUUUUAUAAUAAUGCUUUGAUGAUUGUGCCAAAUGAAGUAUUACGUUAUAGAAAAUUAUUAAAUUCCUCGAUUGACCAAAGUAAUAACCAUGAUAUAAUAUUUCAUCCUUCUGUUAUGGAAAAAAAGAUAGAUCAAAGACCUAAUAAAUAUGCAGUUGGAAUGAUCGUAACACAUAAUGAAUAUGAAGAUGAGUGUAGUGAUAUUAAAAAUGAACAUAAAAAAAAUAUUGCAGGUGUAAUAAUCGGAUGGUACAUAAACGGUCACAAAAUUAGGUUAACCGGAAACAAAGUAUGGCAAUCUCGUAUGCGUUUCAAUAUUUGUUGUAAUUUUGGGGAUCCAAAUGAUCUAACACAUUAUGUAAUUCUUACGGAAAAGAAUGAAAUGUGUUGCGUAAAUGAAGAUGGCCUACUGCACAGCUAUUUUGUAAAGACAAAAUGGGCAUUGAAUUUAAUGACUUAAAUAUUAAACAUUUUAAAGAGGGAAUGAAAUGUACGGAUGACUUGUGGCUUUAUGUGUCUCGUAUGUCUCAGAUGUAUUAUUACCGUAAUAUACAUGAAAACGAUAUUAUAGUAAAAUCUCUCGAUCUGCAUGUAAAAGAGCACUCUUUAAAAUUGUUGAUUUUAUAUGAUGAACUUACUAGAAACAUAUAUCAACAAAAUCACCGCCAAUGUAAUUUAACAGAAAGAUACUACAGCAUAAGAAUAUUUAAAUGUCUGUAUCAAUACAUAUUUUAUCCUUUACAUUUGAGACAAAUUGUAUUAAAACCCAAUCAUAAGCAACGUUUGGAGGAUUUAAUUGUCGCAAUAUUACAAUAUUGUCAUCCCAAUAAGGGUAUUACUGUGUUGUAUAUAGAUAAAUUCAUAGACAAUAUUGUGCAAGAAGUAUUAAAGUUGUUAAAAGAUGAAUAUUGUCGGCAUCCAAUAUUGUCCAUAUCAUCUGAACAAUUAUCGAUUUGGAGAACAAAUCGUAUUAAUAAGAAUUUUUGGUGCGAAAAAGAUGCAAAAUCAAUAAAAUAUGUACUCGACAAAAUUAUCAUAAGUUUUGACUCUUAUAAAUCAUGGAUGGAACCGAAUCAUAUUUAUAUGUCGCAGACUAAAGAAGACACAUUAUAUUAUAAACAAACGUUGUGGUUGGCAAUAUAUAUCUGCGUUGCAAACAGAUUGGGUUUACAUGUUGAAACAACAAAAAACGAUAUAGACGAUAUAGACGGUGAUUAUAUUUCAAAUACACUUUUGGUUUGGCAAUCCAGAAAUUGUACAGAAAAUACAGAAUGUUUCACGUUUGAAUGGACAGAUAAUACAGAUAAUGCAAAGAUUUCUAACAUAAGAAAAUGCCAACGAGUGUCGCCUCAAGUUAGAGACAGAAAUGCACGUAUGUCUAUGUCGUCAAGAUCGAUUUCAACCAUUGAGAAUAUAAAGUAUUUGUGGAUAUUUGGCCCCUUUUCCUUUUCCUAUUUAAAGUAUGAUUUAGGAUCAGAACAUAUGAUUGAUUAUAAUGAGACAAUAUGUACACCAGAUGAAACGUUUCGGAAAAAAAGAUCGCCUAAUCUAAAAUAUGCGAUUGGAUUGAUAGUUACACAUAAGCAUAAAUUGAAAGAUAAUACACAAAAAGAUGUUGCUGGAGUCAUUAUUGGGUGGCACAACGAAUGCCACAUUGAACGCUUUGUACAUAAGGAAACAUAUUGUAUUCUGAAUGAUAUUGAAAAGGAAUGUAUACCGAAAAAUAACAUUGAUAAUUGGAAAUCGCAACCGCACUACGUUUUGUUAAUCGAGAAUGAUCUGUGUUACGUUCCACAAUGCGCUAUAACAUCGGUAUGCAAAGAAUGGAUAAAUAAUUCAGAAACUGGAAAAUAUUUCUGUAAAUUUGAAGAUAAUCAUUAUGUUCCAAAUAACAUGCUAGGACAGCAUUAUCCAGACGAUGCUGCAGUCGUUCGCAGAAUAUUAUUCAGUAGAAAGAAAAAAUUAUAAAAUUAAUACAAUAAAAAAAGGCUUUUACACGAGCAAAUAUGGAUGACAAAGUAAAAUUACUGUAUUUAAAUAUAAAAUUUACAAAAAAUUCGUGCAAGACGUUUCGUCACUUACUUGUGACUUCUCAAUCGCAAAAUUAAAUAUAAUUACAUAUAAUAACGGUCUAUAAAUUUCAUCUUAAAGCUAUAAUUGUCUUGUUAGCAUUAUAAAAUAUACUAAUAUGUCCAUGUUCUUUGUAAUAAUUUAAAUGCUCAGAAAUAAUUAAUGUUCGAUCUAUGUUAACAAUAGCGUACAAUUAAACUUUUAUACGGAAUUUAUUAGAUAUAAUUAAUAUUAGUUAAAUUGCAAACACUUACAUAUUUUUAUUAUUUGCUUCGAUUUCCAUUAUAAUGUGUUAUUCUUUAUCGACUUCUAGGCUGAUUGUAUACGCAGUAUGUCUCUCAUGAGCUUUAUAUAUAUUAUUUAGAAAAAGGUGAAAUUUAUUUAUAUUUCGUUUAUUUUGUCUAAAAUCGGGAAAUAUGUCUUGUC